AUGUUUCAUAAGGUCUGCUGCAUACUGCGAGUGGCCUUUUGCGAAAAUCAGUGCCGUCCCUUCAGUAUCCUUGCGCAACUCAGAGAGGUGAUCGCUUCUUGGCAGUCAACAAACAUCUGCAUGACCCUGGCUGAGAUGAGAGAAAUGGCCUCCCCGAAAGUCCUCGCCUUCGUCGACCAACUGAAGGUAUUUAAACCCGCGAUGAACUUCCGAAUUGAAGUCUCCGAAGUGUCCUACGUCAGCGGCAGUGGUGAUCGAGAGGCCUCAGAGGGUCUUGGCCUUCCUACCGCCAUCGUUUCUUCUGCCGGUAGUGCCAGGGGAAGUCGGAAAGGAAGUCAACGCCGUUGUCAUGGCAGGAGCGACAGUUCUAUAUCUACGGGCAGUAGUCUCGUCGGCGGCCGAGAUACCGCAACCGCCCUUUCAACAUCUUCCCCCUCCUCAUCCUCUUCUCUGUCUUCCUCCUCUUCUUUGCGCCGUAUUACAUUUUUGGAUCAGACCAUCGAUAUUAGUGGUCUUAUUUGUCAGGCAAAAGAUACCAUCCGCGUAUCGACCAUAGAACUUCAGAUCAUUGAUAGUGUCUUUGAGCUUCGUUUCCUCGCUCUUGCCCAUGAAGACAUUUGCGACGAAUGGUUCAAGUGAGCCAUCGAUUCCAGCUUCUUCAUUGUUAAUUCAGCAAGGAAUCCAGAUAUGGGUGACCCCAUUGGAGCUCCUUUAAUUGCUGAUAGUAUUGAUAAUCAAAUAAAAAAUUGGUUGCUAGGCAAAGGUCAACAAGUUCAAGACAGGAAUCCUCGUUUCGUAGCUUUUAUGGACUUCUUCUGUGCAUUGCCUUGCUACAUCGAGUGGUAUGGAGGCGAACAGGAAAACGACGCCGAAGGAGUCCUUUAUCUCAUCAUCGGAGACUUGCCGCCACCAGAAGGUGAAAAACCAUGCCCUGGACGCCUCUGUGGUCUCGUGCUGGUUGGCUGUCAGUUUUCGGCGUAUGCUCUGUCACGUUUCAUUGAGGAACUGUGCAUCUGGGAUGAAGAUCUCUUCUUCGUAAAGGCUGGGCACCUCUUCGCCUGCGCUCAGGCGCCUACCGGUGUGGGAGAAGCCGCAGCAGCGGCUGCGACUGCCGCCUCAUCGACUGGACCUCUAAAUUCCUCUCUUAAAACAGGCAAUGGGGAUUUUCAUGGUGGAUCAACCGGGCGACCCCAGGACUACUUUGGAGGCACCAGUGUGUGCAGCACCUCUGCUUUUGUGCCGAUCGCUCACGAAGAGACGGUCGCAGAUCUGUCCGCGUAUCUGGCUUCAAAAGCCAGACUGCAUCUUGUCUGUCCGUCUGCACGCUUCCUGCACUUUAUAACAUGUACGCGCGAAGACUCUGUGGAUGACUAUACUGUUGAACAGCCUUCGGCCGCUGAUAAUCUCAUAAAACGGUAUGCGCGGGUGUCUGAAACGUGGCUAUCAUUUCUCACGAACGGAAAUGACUGUUUUAAUUACAUGCGGUUUUUAGAGUAG